AUGUCGAUAGAGUACGUGGUAGUAAGCGAGGGCGAACAAGACGAGCCCAUUGAGCUGCCUACAGAAGAAGACGGCUCGCUACUCCUUAGCACGAUAUCGGCACAAUUCGCAGGAGCUAGUGGCUUAAAAUAUCGAGCCGGUGGACGGCUACGUGGUCUGCGUUUAGCCGACGACCGCGUUCUGCCACCCGCUGAAGGUUGGGCGGCACACCGUUACUUUUGCGCUUUCCCACGUGCUAAUGCUCCGCUACCAACUCCUCGGCCACGCUGUUCAGACCUUAUAGUUCUUGGCCUUCCUUGGAAGACUAGCGAAGACGCUGUUCGUGAUUAUUUUUCUGCAUUCGGUGAACUACUCAUGGUACAAGUGAAACGUGACGUAAAAACAGGCUUAUCAAAAGGAUUUGGCUUUAUUAAGUUUGCAGACUACGACGCACAAUUACGCGCAUUAGGUCGAAGACAUAUGAUAGAUGGGCGCUGGUGUGAUGUACGCAUUCCUAACAGUAAAGAUGGUGGAUCUGCAGCGCACCGUAAGGUAUUUGUUGGCCGAUGCACUGAGAGCCUCACAGCAGAUGAUCUUCGCGAAUAUUUUGGAGAAUUUGGUCAGGUGACAGAUGUGUUUGUACCAAAACCAUUUCGGGCAUUCAGCUUUGUUACGUUUUUGGAUCCUGAAGUGGCACAGUCCCUUUGCGGUCAAGAUCACAUAAUCAAGGGUGUGUCAGUGAACAUCUCAACAGCUUCUCCUAAACGUGAGCGUGGUGCGCGGUCACAAUUGUUAGGUUGGGGCCUGCUAGAGAGUGGUGCUCCACGUGUGUACAGUUGGCCACCAGAUGCAUGGCAACACUCGGCUCACUCCGCUCAUUCUGCACACUCACACUCCACAGCACCACCUGAUGCCAAACCCUACCUCAAAUAUGAG